CGCAGCAUUGCAUCAUGGUCCAUGACGAUGCAAUCCCCAAACCCCAGCAGCUCGUUGUCAUGUCCCCCUCUGGGGUUCAGAAGGAGAGGAUGAUGCUGAAGGAUAUGCAUGUUCUUUCCGGUGCUGGGGUGGUGCUGUCAGCGCUGGAGAAGAAACCUUAUCCGAUUAAGUCGCCAAAGUGUACUGACCGUGCUCCUCUGUUUAUGAAGGCUGAGCGCUACCAUUAUCUAUUUGAUGCUGCCAUCAAGUUCCACCAGUUGGGUAUUCACUGGACUAGUCCAGGCCAUGGUCCCGCUAGCAAUGUUAGAGUACAUCGAGGAAGAGAGAUGCAUCUAAAUGGUUCUGUUAUGGCAUCAUCUCUCAAUGGAAAUUAUAUUGCAGAACCACCAAGAGGUACUUUGCAGCAAUGCAUUGUUCUUGACAUCGAAGGAACGACGACUCCAAUAUCAUUUGUUACGGAUGUCCUUUUUCCCUAUGCUCGUGACAAUGUGCGGAAACAUUUAAUGGCUACAUAUGACACCAAGGAGACCAAAGAAGAUAUUGAAUUAUUGCGAGCCCAGGUUAAAGAUGACUUGGAACAAGGUGUGGUGGGGUCAGUAGCAAUUCCACCUGAUGAUGCAGGGGAAGAAAAGGUGAUUGACUCCCUGGUAACUAAUGUGGAGGCGAUGAUAAAAGCUGACAGAAAAAUUACUGCUCUGAAGCAAUUGCAGGGACAUAUAUGGAGAACUGGGUUUGAAAGUAAUGAGUUGCAGGGAGCAGUUUUCGAGGAUGUUCCUGAAGCUCUUGAGAAGUGGCAUGCUAAUGGCAUCAAGGUUUACAUAUAUUCUAGUGGUAGUAGAGAGGCUCAGAGGCUCAUCUUUGGGAAUACGUCAUAUGGGGAUUUGAGAAAGUACUUGUGUGGAUUUUUUGACACUAAUGUUGGGAACAAAAGAGAGCCUCGGAGUUACUUUGAGAUCUCACUGUCAGUGGGAGUAGAUAAGCCAUCUCAAGUCCUGUUUCUAACAGAUGUCUAUCAGGAAGCUGUGGCUGCAAAGGCGGCAGGUCUUGAAGUGAUAAUCUCAGUUCGUCCUGGAAAUGUACCCCUCCCAGAAAACCACGGUUUUAAAACGAUCAGAUCCUUUGCAGAAAUUUGAGCUUGUGCUAGCUUCUACACUGACUUAAUGUAUACCAUUAAUUGUAUACCUCUCAUCAUGGAAUGUUACUUAUAAAACUGUAUUAUAUGAGAGUGAGUGAUUAAUUGUCUUCUAGCAGGUAAUUUGAUAUAAAAAUAAUCCUCAAUUUUUUUAGCUGCCGAAGAAACUGGGAUAUUCCUACCUUUGAUAA